UGGACAAAGACCAGAGAAGUCUCUACUUUCGGUCCUCCUCUGGCUCGAAGGCUCCCGCGGCUUCCGAUACCUCCGCCUGCGCAGCAGCGCUCAUCCAGCUCAGGCAGAGCGAUGCUGAAGCCCGGAGACCCCGGCGGAUCCGCGUUCCUGAAGGUGGAUCCCGCCUAUCUGCAGCACUGGCAGCAGCUCUUCCCUCAGAGCAGCCAGCUCAAAAGCAGUGGGGCCCUCGCCCAGCUUCAGCCGCCCGAGAGAGCCGAGCCCCCGGCCGACAGCCUCCGCCAGCGCCCGACCUCCCUCUCCUCCGUCUCCUCCUCCUCUUCCUCGUCCACUCCGUCUUCCUCCUCCACCUCCUCGUGCGUCGCCGCGGCGGCCGCUUCCCUGGCCGGCCUGACCUCCCUGCCUGUGACCCAGCUCCCAGUCUUCGGCUCGCUACAGAGCUCGGAGCUCCCGGCCGCAGGAGUGCCCGCUCCCCUGCAGAGCAAGGACUUGUGCGCGGCCGUCAGCGGCGGCGGCAAAUGCGGCGACCGUGCGGCCGCUCGGUACCGCUGCACGGCCGAGGAGCUGGACUACUACCUGUACGGUCAGCAGCGCAUGGAGAUCAUCCCCUUGAAUCAGCACACCAGUGACCCCAACAACCGCUGUGACAUGUGUGCUGACAACCGCAACGGUGAGUGCCCUAUGCACGGGCCCCUCCACUCCCUGCGCCGGCUGGUGGGCACCAGCAGUGCAGCCGCAGCAGCCCCUCCACCUGAGAUCCCGGAGUGGCUCCGGGACCUGCCCCGGGAGGUGUGUCUGUGCACCAGCACUGUGCCUGGCCUGGCCUAUGGCAUUUGUGCAGCACAGAGGAUUCAGCAGGGCACCUGGAUUGGGCCCUUCCAGGGAAUCCUGCUCUUGCCAGAGAAGGUUCAAGCAGGUGCCAUCAGGAACACUCAGCAUCUCUGGGAAAUAUAUGACCAAGAUGGGACACUGCAGCACUUUAUCGAUGGUGGAGAACCCAGUAAGUCAAGCUGGAUGAGGUAUAUCCGAUGUGCGAGGCACUGUGGAGAGCAGAACUUAACAGUGGUUCAGUACAGGUCCAAUAUAUUCUACCGGGCUUGUAUAGAUAUUCCCAGGGGCACUGAGCUGUUGGUGUGGUACAAUGACAGUUACACAUCUUUCUUUGGAAUCCCUCUCCAGUGCAUUGCACAAGAUGAAAAUUUGAAUGUCCCUUCGACUGUAAUGGAGGCCAUGUCCAGACAAGACACCCUACAACCAUUUAAUAAAAGUAGCAAACUAUCCCCUGCCACUCCACAGCGAUCCAUAGUAUUUCCACAGACUCCAUGUAGCAGAAAUUUUUCUCUCCUGGAUAAGUCUGGGUCCAUCGAGUCAGGAUUUAACCAGAUCAGUGUCAAAAACCAACGAGUUCUUGCAAGCCCAACUUCAACAAGCCAACUAAAUUCUGAGUUCAGUGACUGGCAUCUUUGGAAAUGUGGGCAAUGCUUUAAGACUUUCACCCAACGGAUCCUCUUACAGAUGCAUGUGUGUACACAGAACCCUGACAGGCCCUACCAGUGUGGUCACUGCUCCCAGUCUUUCUCCCAACCUUCAGAGCUGAGGAACCACGUAGUUACGCACUCCAGCGACAGGCCUUUCAAGUGUGGCUACUGCGGUCGUGCCUUUGCUGGUGCCACAACACUCAACAAUCACAUCCGGACACACACUGGGGAAAAGCCCUUCAAGUGCGAGAGGUGUGAGAGGAGCUUCACACAAGCUACCCAGCUGAGUCGACACCAGAGGAUGCCCAAUGAGUGCAAGCCAAUAACAGAGAGCACAGAAUCAAUUGAAGUGGAUUAACUGAUUGACUGGUUGGAAUUAAACUGCAAGGAAAGUCAUGAUUAAAUGUCACGGACACUUAAGCAAAACCAAAGAUUUCCUCUGAGCAACUUUCAAUCAGUCCCAGAAAACCAAAAGCAGUAAUAAAAUAAGUAAGAUGUUAAGAGAUAUUGAUCCUGGCAUGGAAGUGAGACCAGGAAAGAGAUUAUUUAUUUAUGACUAGGGAUGAGUCUUAUUUCAAUUGACAAGUUACUUGGGGCUGUUAACAUUUCAAGUCCCUCCAUGUAUUGCUUUAAUUCUAAAAGCCUUUAUAAAAGUUAUUUAAUGCCAAAGUGAGGAAUCUCAAGGGUUACUCUGCUCAUAGUUAUGACCAAGAAUGCACAUGGACUUGUUUGUUGUUGCACCUUUUUUUGUAGCAUGACUCAAAGGACCCAGAUGUAAUCUGUACAUUUGGCUAAGUUGAUCGUGACAUGGUUGUAAUAGAAAUUGCUGUGUGGGAUGGCAAGUGAUCAAGAGCUAUACCUGGGUCAGUGUCAGCCGCCUCAGACCAAAGGGCAUUUCAUUUCCAUAUCUCAUGCCUCACACUCUGUGCACUUUUUCAUGCAAGUAGUUUGCAUUGGCAUUGGCAUAGAUAUUCGGGGGGGAGGGGAAGGAAAAAAAAAAAAAAGAAAAAAAAGGAAAAAAAACAAGGAAUGUUGUAUAUCUGCAAAUAUAUGUUAUAUAAAGAAACAAGUAGGAAAACUAUGUUAAAGUAAUAGAGCUUUCAAAUUCAAUCUAAUAGCUAUGAAAGGCAGAGGUGGUAGAAAGUAUUUUAAACACUUAAGAUUCAAGUAUGUGUGCAAAUCAUAUUAUUAGGAGCAAAAAACCAUGAAGAUAUUUUUUGUUUGGAUGACUAGUUUAAUGUCAUGCUGAUUUCUAGGAAAUCUGAUCAGAAAUCCAAGCUGUAGUCCAUUGAUAUUUUUAUUCUGUUGGUUUGGAUCAAAUUGGAAAUGCUCCUGUAUUAGAUGAAGAUUUAAAUAUAGUUGGGCUGAGUUUCAAAACAAAAGCUAAAUCUGAACUCAGACACUAUGUAAAUUUCUUGGAGGCUUCAUAGUAUUCACUUCAUGGAAAUUUGCCUGGUACAGUGAAUGAAAGAAAGCCAAGAUAUUCCCAACAUCAGUGUAAAAAGCUCAGAUGUCAUUACAUUGGUUUGAUCUAACAAUCUCCAUAUUGUCUUUUUUUCAUGUCUUUUACCUGUGAUGUAUUUCAGAUUUCAUGAUUUUGUCUAUGUUUUUCACUUCUAGAGACCAGCAGUGAGCAGUUUGUUUAUGUAUUGAUUGUCUCAAUGCUAGAGCUGUAGAUUGAUAAAAAUGUAAAAAAAAAAAUAAAAAAAGAAAAGAAAAAACCCCAAAAACACACACACACAGAGGGGAAAAAAAAAAAAAAAAAAGAGAAAAAAAAAGAAAAUAAAAAAAAAAAACCACCACCACCAAGAAGGAAAACCUAAAGUGUUCUGAAGUCAUGCUAUAUCAUAAGGUAAAACUGCAAAAUAAAAUUGUGGAGAUUAUGGGGAUUAAAACAGAAUAAUUCAGUUUUGCACCAAAACUGAAGUGCUGACUGGCUCAUAAGGGCUCAGUUGAUUAUAUUAAAUAUUUUAAACACAUUUAUGGGGAUGAUUUUAAAUAUGUAGAGAAUUAAGUAUCCAGUUCUUUAAAGGGCUAGACAGAAUCAGCUUCAAAUUUAAUACCAGGUUCAGACCAUUUAUGAAUCCUGCAGAGAGCUCAAGCAGAAAAAGAGCCUACAGUAAAAUACAAAUUCAUUUAGAAGGAGUUUAAAAGCUAAGACAUCCUUAUUGCAUGAGGUUCAUUUGUUAUAUUGCAAAAACUGCACUGCAGAAUCUGGAGUUUGCAAAGCUUUGCAGGAAAUUACUUUGGGAGUAUUUGUGUUCAGCUGUGUAAAAUUUAAAAAACAUUGUGGGGGAUAAAAAAGAUUUUUUUUAUCAUUGUUCUAGAAACUACCAGAUUAUUUCAUAAAGAAUCUUCAUUCCUGUGAGUUUCCAGCUCUGUUUCUCAGUGCAGAGAUAAGAGGAGUAAGCGAUUCUGUCAUCACUUGCCUGAUUUUAUCCUCAAAACUAUGAGAAACUCUUAGCUACUAUAUAAAUGUGUUUGUUUGUUUGUUUGUAGGUUCAAUGAAGCAUGGGAAGCUGGGUAGGAAGACUUGUAACGUAAAGGGGUCUAUCUGAACACUAUUUUGUUCCUAGCAAGGCUAAUGAAACAGAAGAAACCAAAAUCGGAUCCUAAACCUUUCAGACCCUCAUGCCUUGUAGUUCACAUCUUCCCUUAUUUAAGUGACUUAAUCUAAAGUAACAUUCUGGUGGGGCACCAACAUUUAGUUAACAUUUGAACAGCAGCUGUAGAUCAUUUCUGCAAGCAAAUAGUUUAAAGAGAGAAAAAGAGAGCAGGAAUUAAUAAAUAGAGAGAAAAUGUCACACUCUGAAAAGCAGCUAUGUUAGAUCAGUGACUUGUGCUGUUGUAUUAUCUAACCGUGCCCUUGUGUUCAAGGAAGUGGUUAGUGACAGUGCAGAGCAAUCCACUCCGUGCAGAAAGGAAUUUGUAGUUAAAUCCUGUAGUGCAAAUAGUAUGUAAGUAUGUGCUUACAGAUAUUGCAAGUUUCCUGCUGACUACAGAUAGGCUUACUUGUAUGUUUUUUAUUUAAACAUGUGUCUAAAUAUUCUCCUGAGUGAGUAUGAAGUAAAGAUCAAUUAUUUCAAGAUUUUACUGGAUUUUUUAAAAAAAUGCACUAGAGUAGUAUGUCUGCAGAACUUUUUUUUUUCUUCAGAAUAAUUCUUUUUUGUGUAAAUCACUAUGUGUUGCCAUGUGCCUAAGCACAAUUUCAAUUAUUGUAUUAUUUUAUACAUGGCAUUUUCACAACAGAUUUGGCAGCAUACAAAAGCAAUACGGUGAAAACCCAUGAUUUCAUAGUGGGAUGAUCUUGAAUACAAUGUUUGGCAUUCUGUUACAACAUAGCAAGAGUAAAACUAACAUUAAGAAGCUAAUACAACCCAAAAAUCCAGUUCCUGCCUGCACUCCUAAAUGCUGAGUGAAUUUCAGCUCAUGUACUGACAGAACAAAUGUACAUUUAGGUCUAUUAUGCAUACAGUAUGUGUUUGCACACAGUAAACUGAAGCAGUAAGUGUAGUACAAUUAUCUUUAAAUGUAAUGAUUACGUGCCUACCAUUUCAGAAUUUCUGAAGCACUUGGCAUCUCUGUUUUGUAGUAUGCUAAAAAGACCAAGCUUUUGCUUUUGGGAUUUUUUUUUUCAUCCAACCCUGAACAUUUUGGAAGUCAUAUUUAAAAAUUGUGCCUAAUUCUGAUUUUUUUUUUCUUAGUGUGGAAUUAAAUUUUAUGCAUUCAUAGAGUCAUGCCUUUCAGAAAUACUUUAGGUCCUUUGUAAACCUGCAGUUACAGCCCCUAAAUAUGAUAAUUUUUAAUAUAAUUUGAUUUUCUUCCCAUGAAAGAAAACUGAGUUGGGAAUAAUGUAAUAAUUUCAGCAUAUGACAUACUAGAAACUUACAAGCAAUGAUGUGUAUAUCUUUUUCUUUGGGUGACAUCAUCUCUCCUCUAAUAUUUAUUUUUGUAUGGUACCAUUGCAUUAUGUGUACUGUCUUAUAGCUGAAGAAAUGAUGUUAUUUCAAACAAAUAAAUAGGUGAAUGUCCAAAAGUAAGUCCUCAUUGCUUUUGAGAGUCAUCAGUUGCUAUGGUUUUUUAGAAAUUACAAUUAGAACACUAUUGUGUUCCAUCCAAGUCCUUACUGUAUAUAAGAUUCCAGAAAAUGAAAUAUUCUGGGAUUGCAUGAAAUUUAUUUUUUUCUCUAGAUUUUUGAAGUUUUAACAUCAUCAAGCUAGUCUGAAAAACUACAUAAAUCCACCCUAUAGAUGUAGAGUAUGUAGAAGGGGUCCUGUGUUGUAAUAAAAAUACUUAUAACACUGUAAUUAGAAAAAUAAACAAAUGCUUGCAUUUGUUAAACUUCAUAAAAUACAUCUUUUUUACUGCAGAGGACCAACUAAGUCAUGCAUGUAACUGUAUUCUUGUGGUAUCAAUUGUAAAG